UCACCCUCGACCCCGACUUCCGCGUGCUCUUCGAACACCGGCCCGACCUUGGCCAAGCACAUCGCAGCGCCCGUCCCGCUUCCGGUUACGACCCUAUCACACACUCACACUGACACGGACACCCAGCGGAACCACCACCCACCCGGUCACACUUGACCUGUGCCCCGUCCCCCACCGGCUGCUGUAGGCUCUCGUUGUCACCAUGGAUGUUUCAUCCAACAUGGGGUGCCCCGCCCCGUUUACCUUUGGCUCUUGCGACGAUGCCCCCAGGGGCAUGUCGUCGGGAGCCCAGGCCACAGACCGGGCCGCUGCGCGGAAGCGGCGCCACUCUCACAUCAUGCCGAGGAGGAAGUCUAUCGUUAACCAAAUCAUGGAUGGGGAGGAAGGCCUGCUCCUCAAGCUGGACCUGCUGCUGACUGAUCUUGAGCGGCGACUCGAGUAUUGGGAGAAUUAUGGAGAGCUCAGCUUGGACUCGAGCAUCUCGGCCGCGUUCGAUACCCUUAAGGCCGUCCGGACACGAUGCUCGCAGGUCUCGGAGGAAUUCAUGGGUGCCGGACGGAGGAAGCUGCAAGUCGUGGUCGACACCCUCGAGUCCGGUUAUCACGAGGCCUUGGCCGCGGCGGGCUCGCUCAACGAAAAGGCGAAAGUCAGCAUCGAGCUACUCGACGGGAUGCUGCAAGAGAUGGAGGACCAGGCGGCCAGGUUCCGGGAGAAAGGCUUGACCAAUGCGGCCGAGACCCUCAUGGACGAGGCGCACCGCGUCGUGGACGAGGGCAUUGAGAGGGCGAAGCGCGCAGCCGAGUCGCUCGAGGACCAUAUUCAACGCGCCAUCGCUCGCGCCCGGGAGCACGGCCUGCUCCGCUACGAGGAUUUGCCGGUACCCUGGCGGACCAACCCGCAUAUCAUCAGGGGCUACCGCUUCUCCGAGACCAAGCUCGCCUGCGUGCGGUCGGUCUUUUCCUUCUCGAACGAGCUCGUCAACAUCUGGUCCCACACCAUCGGCCUCGUUCUCGUCCUGGCCGUCGCCUUCUACUUUUACCCCACGAGCACCAACUUCUCCCUGAGCUCCAAGGCCGACGUCUUCAUCGCCGCCGUCUUCUUCUUUGCCGCCUGCCAGUGCCUGGUCUGCAGCGUCAUAUGGCACACCAUGAACUCGGUCGCCGACGUCAGUCUCAUCUCCAUGUUCGCCUGCGUCGACUACACGGGCAUCUCGCUGCUGAUCGCCGCCUCCAUCAUGACCACCGAGUACACCGCCUUCUACUGCGAGCCCGUGAGCCGCUGGGUUUACAUGGUCACGACGGCUCUGCUCGGCGUCGGCGGCGUUAUCCUGCCGUGGCAUCCCCGCUUCAACGGCGCCGACAUGGCGUGGGCCAGAGUCGCCUUCUACGUUGCGCUCUCGGCCACCGGGUUCCUCCCGAUCUUGCAGCUCUCUCUCACGCGCAGCCCCGGGGCGGUCUUGGAGUUCUACACCCCGAUUGCGAAAUCGCUUGCCGUGUAUUUCCUCGGCGCGCUCGUCUAUGCCAGCAAGGUGCCGGAGCGCUGGUGCCCGGGCAUGUUUGACUACGUCGGCGGCAGCCACAACCUCUGGCACGUUGCCGUCCUGGGCGGGAUCUUGUUCCACUACACGGCCAUGCAGGACUUUUUCUCUCAUGCCUUCAGGCUUGCCAAGGACGGUUGCGCGGCAUACUAGGCUCGCGUGUAUCGUUUCGCUCUCUCUCUCGGGAGUUGCCUCGCCAGAGCAAGUUUGAAACUCGUCCCCAUCUUUGGGACAGCAGCCGUUGCGUCCCUUUGACAGCAUUAGGGGACCUGGAGC